UUCAAUAAGGGACAUCGUCAAGUGUAUUUUAUAACUUAUCUUACUUCUUGUGUUCUUGUCUCUCUAAAGAGAAGUGUUAAUUAAAAUGCGCCACUUGACGCGCAGGGUUUAAUAAAUGUGCAUGCUCGUUCCAAGGUGGAAUUCGUUUAUGUCGCAAUGGACAGACACAUAUGGGUCUUUCGGAAGAGAAUUACGUUUGCUCCUUGAGCGCGGACACUGCGAAAUUCGCAAAGCAAGAUUUGCGCGAGGACGAGGCAACCCGAGAACACGGACUGAAGGCGAUGAGAGAGUGGCUCAGCAAAAACGCCGACAUCAAAAACUGCCGCACAGACUCUGUUUUCCUGUUGCGGUUUUUGCGCUGCCGCAAAUUCAGUAUACCGCAGGCUCAAGAACUUUUGGAAAGGUACUUAGCCAUUAGACAAACUUACCCGCACUGGUUCCGCAAACUGGACGUAGAUGAAGCUGAUUUGCUUGAAAUCAUCGAUGCAGGGUAUAUAAUUCCACUUCCAGAAAAGGACUGUUUUGGACGUCAGAUUAUCUUGACGAGACCAAAGGGCAUCGACGCUUUGAAAUUCAACUCGGUGCAAAUGGCUAGAGUUCACAGUUUGGUGUGCGAAGUUUUGAUGGACGACGAGGAAAGCCAAGUGCGAGGGUUUGUGCACGUCAAUGAUGAGGACGGUCUCACCAUGAGCCACCUAAGCAUGUGGUCUUUUGCUGACGUGCGCUCCUUGAUAAACUGCAUUCAAAAAUCGACUCCCAUGCGAUUAAAAGGAACUCACUUUGUAAACCUUCCGGGCAUUGCUAACGUCUUAUUUGAAUUCUUCUUGUCUCUUUUGAAUGAUAAACUUCGUGGUCGAAUUCAGACUCAUAAAUCAAAUGCAGAGUUGCAAAAAGCGGUCGACAUAAAUAUUCUUCCAAAGGAGUAUGGAGGAAGUGUCCCAAUGAAGGACAUGAUUGAACAAUUCAAAGCGAAACUGAAAUCGCAAAAGAGCAGAAUCGCCUCUCUGGAGCCAAUGACGAUCAACAUUAAGCCUGGGUCAAAACUGAACAUGGAUAUUUCGCAGAAUGACGAUUUGCUCGGUGUCACCGGCAGCUUCAGAAAACUCGAAGUUGACUAGCCCUGUUGAAGAUCGAUUAAAAUUAAGUGAAAUUUUUAAAUGAAUAUUAUAAAAAUUGUCAUUAGUAAAGACAUCAGUGGUAAAUUUGUAUGCUUUGAAAAUUCGUUAUUGGAUAAAAUCGAAUUAAUAAAUGUGAAAUAAGUGAUUAAUCUUAAUAAUUGUCCAGCCAACACUGGAAUUGAUGAGAUCAGUUCCCGUUGGUAGGUGGUUCAAAGUUACCUCAACACAACUUAAUCAGCCAAAAUACCAUUUUGUACUGAUGAAUUUGCUGUUAUCUCUUUUUAAUUAAGUAAUUGUUUGUUUCCGCUGCGGUUUAUAACUCUCAGAAAAAUGUUUCAUCUAGUGUUACAAAAAGCUGUUAAAAAUUUAAGAAAUCUUUUAGCCUUUGUUUUUGUAUGUGUUAUUUUCUUCAAUUUUGAUCAUUUAGGCUGAAAAUUUUAUGUUUUAAUGCAAAUAUAUUAAUAUUAAAUAUAAAGAUAAAUUGUU